UCCCUUCCCAGCAGCCUUUGCGGCUGCAGUUGUUGCCCUUCAGCCCGGAUACAACAUGGCGUCGGCCACUGGCCUCAUCCAGUGGCUCCGGAAUGCGGCCUCCGGGCGUAAUCUCCAAGUGAAAUUGCAGUUACGUUACCAGGAGAUAGCUAAGAGAACUCAGCCACCUCCUAAGCUGCCAGUGGGUCCUAGCCAUAAGUUUUCAAACAAUUACUAUUGUACUCGUGAUGGACGUCGACAAGCCUCUCCUCCUUCAGUCAUAAUGUCUACUGUGAAAGUUUUAGAGUCUGGUCUUCCUGGUAAGAGUUCAAAUGAGACUAUGACAACUUCUGGGAAAAAGCCAAUGAUACCAGGACCCCCCUUGAAAAAGUGGGAACUGUCAAAGGAUGAACCAUAUUUGUGAAAUGGACAUGGGAAGAUGGACUUGCAGAUGCUGAGAGAUUGUGUCUUUAGGGGACUGACUUGAAGUCACGAGCUCAGCCGCAGAGGCAUCAAGGAGGAUCACACAGUGAACAUUAUAUCAUAAUAUUUUAUCUUGGGGUAGGGGAGAAGCAUAUAUCCUAAUACAUGAUAAAUACACUGA